AUGGUGCUGCUGCUGCUGCUGCUGGUGCUGGUGAUGGUGCUGCUGAUGGUGAUGGUGAUGGUGGUGGUGGUGGUGGUGGUGAUGGUGCUGCUGGUGAUGGUGAUGAUAGUGAUGACGUUCGAGCUGCAUACAUUUAUGUUGAAACUGCAGCAGCAGCUGCUGCAGCUGCAGCAUGAACAGCAGCAGCGGGUGAAACUGCAGCAGCAGCUGCUGCAGCUGCAGCAUGAACAGCAGCAGCGGGAACUGCAGCAGCAGCUGCUGCAGCUGCAGCAUGAACAGCAGCAGCGGGAGCAACUGCAGCAGCAGCUGCUGCAGCUGCAGCAUGAACAGCAGCAGCGGGAGCAGCAGCAGCAGCAGCAGCAAGUGCUGCAUGUUGAAACUGCAGCAGCAGCUGCUGCAGCUGCAGCAUGA